CGCGGUUUGCCUAGUUAUGCGAAAACAUGGCUGCGGCAGGUUUGGCCCUUCUUUGUAGGAGAGUCUCAGCUGUCCUGAAAGCUUCCAGGUCGUUAAUAACUCCUCAGGUCCCUGCCUGCACAGGGUUUUUUCUUGGUUUGUUGCCUAAGAGUACACCAAAUGUGACAUCCGUUCACCAAUAUAGAUUACUUCAUACCACAUUGUCAAGAAAAGGACUAGAAGAAUUUUUUGAUGACCCAAAAAACUGGGGGCAAGAAAAAGUAAAAUCUGGAGCAGCAUGGACCUGUCAGCAACUAAGGAACAAAAGUAAUGAAGAUUUACACAAACUUUGGUAUGUCUUACUGAAAGAAAGAAAUAUGCUUUUAACCCUAGAACAGGAGGCCAAGCGGCAGAGAUUGCCAAUGCCAAGUCCAGAGCGGUUAGAUAAGGUAGUAGAUUCCAUGGAUGCAUUAGAUAAAGUUGUCCAGGAAAGAGAAGAUGCCCUAAGGCUUCUUCAGACUGGUCAAGAAAGAGCUAGACCUGGUGCUUGGAGAAGAGACAUCUUUGGAAGAAUCAUCUGGUCUAGACUGGAACGUGAGAAACGAGCCCGCAUCAAAGCACGGAAGGAAAAUUUAGAGAGAAAGAAAGCAAAAAUUCUUCUAAAAAAGUUUCCACAUCUUGCUGAAGCGCAGAAGUCAAGUCUUGUCUAAGAUGUCUGAACUCUUAAAUUUACCAUUUUGUUUUUCUUGAAUAGUCUGUGUACAAGAGUAAAUAUGUUAAGUGGUUUAUAAAGAAAUUCUGUUUUUAGUC